UGGGCUCUUCCUGGCUGGGAGGGAAAGGGGCGCGUAGACCAGCCUCCCUCCUGCGGUCACGUGAAAGACAUCAGGUGGACCCCGUUUGUGACGUCAUCCCAGCGUACUGCCGGCCCUGAUGCGCAGGAACGCUUUAAGAGGAGACUCCGUCUCAGCUCAUGCGCAGAGGAUGCGUGUGCACCGGUACCCCGUCCGAUGGGGCGUCUUGUGGCCUAUGCAUGCGCAGGAGGGAGGGUGGCGGGCGCCUCUAGUAGCCGGCCCAUGCACAGCAUCCGCAUCACGUGUCACCCCUCCCUAGCCAGCAGCUGCGCAUGAGCAGAGCGUGACCGCCCUCCCUUUAGCCGGGCACAACUCGUGCGCAGCUUGUUCGUCAUAUUCCCCCAUCCAGCUCGGCGCCGCGCAUGCGCAUCCUAUGACUGACAUGUCCCUCCCCCACUGUGCGUAGCGCAUGCGCCGCCUGAGUCACGUGGUCCGCCCUGCCCAGCCGAUCGUUGCGCAUGCGCAAGGGGAGGGUCGGGGCGGUACGCGCGCAUGCGCAACGAGCCGGUGGCAGUGCCCGCGCGUGCGCAGAGAAGCCGGGGCGGUGCACGCGCGUGCGCAUUCGGGCGGCGGUGGCGGCGGUUUGUUGUGGCCGCCAUUUUUUGUGGCAUUACUGGGAAAUCCCCGGGAGCCGCCGCCGGGCCCGGCCCGCGCCCCCCCCCGGCCGCUGCCGCAGGUGGCAGCAGCAGCAGUGGCAGUGCAGGAUGCGAGCCCCCCGGCACCGGGCCCCCCGCCUCACUGGCCGCCUCCCUCCUCACUGAGCCCGCCAUGACGAGCCAGCACAGCCAUGCCACCUUCUCCAGCAUCCAAUCCAUGGCCGAGCAUCCGCAGAUUCUGCCGGACCUGAGUAUCCUACAGCGGCGAAUCCCCUUGACCUUCCGGGACUCAGCCAGCGCCCCACUGCGGAAGCUCUCGGUGGACCUCAUCAAGACCUACAAGCACAUCAAUGAGGUCUACUAUGCCAAGAAGAAGCGGCGGGCGCAGCAGGUGCCGCCGGAGGACUCAAGCACCAAGAAGGAGAGGAAGGUUUAUAACGAGGGCUACGAUGAUGACAACUAUGACUACAUUGUCAAGAGUGGCGAGCGCUGGCUGGACCGCUAUGAGAUUGACUCGCUCAUCGGCAAGGGCUCCUUCGGCCAGGUGGUGAAAGCCUAUGACCACCACGACCAGGAGUGGGUGGCCAUCAAGAUCAUCAAGAACAAGAAGGCCUUCCUGAACCAAGCUCAGAUCGAGCUGCGGCUGCUGGAGCUCAUGAACCAGCAUGACACUGAGAUGAAGUACUACAUUGUGCACCUGAAGCGGCACUUCAUGUUCCGCAACCACCUGUGCCUGGCCUUUGAGCUGCUGUCCUACAACCUCUACGACCUGCUACGCAACACCAACUUCCGUGGCGUCUCACUCAACCUCACGCGCAAGUUUGCCCAGCAGCUCUGCACGGCCCUGCUCUUCCUGGCCACCCCAGAGCUCAGCAUCAUCCACUGCGACCUCAAGCCCGAAAACAUCUUGCUCUGCAACCCCAAGCGCAGCGCCAUCAAGAUUGUUGACUUUGGCAGCUCCUGCCAGCUCGGCCAGCGGAUCUACCAGUACAUCCAGAGCCGGUUCUACCGGUCGCCCGAGGUGCUGCUGGGGCUGCCCUACGACCUGGCCAUCGACAUGUGGUCCCUGGGCUGCAUCCUGGUGGAGAUGCACACGGGGGAGCCCCUCUUCAGCGGCUCCAACGAGGCGGACCAGAUGAGCCGCAUCGUGGAGGUGCUGGGCCUGCCACCCCCCCACAUGCUGGAGCAGGCCCCCAAGGCGCGCAAGUACUUCGACAAGCUGCCUGAGGGCGGCUGGGCCCUCAAGAAGAGCAAGGAGGCCAAGAAGGAGUACAAGGUGCCAGGCACGCGGCGGCUGCACGAGGUGCUGGGGGUGGAGAGCGGGGGCCCGGGGGGCCGGCGGGCGGGCGAGCAGGGCCACACGCCCUCGGACUACCUGAAGUUCAAGGACCUGGUGCUGCGCAUGCUGGACUACGAGCCGCGGAGCCGCAUCACCCCCUUCUACGCCCUGCAGCACAACUUCUUCAAGAAGACCAGCGAUGAGGGCACCAACACCACCCCCAGCGCCUCCACCAGCCCCGCCCUGGGCCACAGCCACAGCACCAGCACGGCCAGCUCUGUCUCCAGCUCUGGUGGCUCCAGUGGCUCCUCCAAUGACAACCGCAGCUAUCGCUACAGCAACCGCUACUAUGGUGCCCCUGGCCCCGCCCCUCCCGACUACGAGAUGCAGAGCCCCCAGGCUCCACCCCAGCACCAGCCGCGGCUUUGGGCCGGGGGUGAUGUCCCGGCACCCCCCAGCGAAGCCUACGCUCCCCCACCGCCGCCACCGUCGGCCCCCCACAAGCCGGCACCCCACUUCCACCCGCCGCCUGCUGGGCGCCCCCACUACCACCCCCAUCACCCGCCGCGCCCGCCCGCCUCCCCCCCUGGUGGGGGGGGCCCCGAGCGCAUGGACUGCGCCCCCUUCAGCGCCUCGGCCUUCCGGACUAGGGGGGGCGUGGGAGGCCGCCCCGGCGAGCCCGGGGGGGGCCUGCCCCUGGGCUACCUGCGGGGCCGGGCAGAGCCCGAUGACUCAGCACCCCCUAUGCUGGGGGUGUGCGUGCCCCAGAGCACGGCCGCCAGCUCCUGAGGACUCUGCCGCCAGCCACAGUGCUCUUACCGCCGCUGCCGCCACCUGGAGCUGUACCUCCAUUGGCCCAGGGGGCUGAGGAAUGAGAGACAGAGGAAAGGAAGGGGGAGGGGACUUCCCUGGUUGGCCUCGCCCCUUCCUCAAGCCCCGCCCCUGGCAUGGGGGGGGCUGUAUGGAGGUCUGCUGUGGCCACACAACCCCCCCUCCAUUGGCUCUGCCACGUGGUAUGACCCAGCAUGGGGGCCUCUAACAGAGUUGGUGUUGCCUGGUUGUGGGGAAAUCUUCCCCCCCCCCCAUGGUUUUGCUAUCUUGGUAUGAUCCAGAGAAGGGGAAUCCCCUAUGACUCUACUCUCUUGGUAUAACCCAGGGAGGGGGAAUGCCCCCCAUGGCUCCACCCUCCUGGUAUCACCCAGGGAAGGGGAAUUCCACCUUGGUAUGACCCAGAGAACCCACCCAUGGCUCUGCUCCCUGAUGUCACCCAGGCUGAGGCCCUGCUCAGUGGAGGGCCCAGCCCCUAGCCAUGCCCCCUGGGCUUCCCCAGCAUGGGCUGGAGCCAUAGCCUUCCCCCUGUAGCUCCACCCCUUCUGGUGUCAGCCACUGGGGUGACCCCUCCCACCUCCCCUUUAAAGCACCACCCUCUUGGUGGGUGCCUGUUGGUCCCCUCUGUGCGACGGCCCCCCCCCAUUGGUCUCCCUCUCCCUGUAGCCACGCCCCCUGGCUCUACCCACUGCUCCCGCACCAUGGACAGCUGGGGGGGCGGGGUUAGACCCCCGGACCCUCCUGCACUUCACGGACUGGAAUUGCUGCUACGAACUGCCCCCCAAACACCCCUUGCCCCUCUUCCUCCUCCCCCUGGGGGGGCAGUUAAUUGGGGGGGGCAAAUAUUUAUAGGCGCCAGCUCCUCCAGCCAUGGGAGCUUACCCUUGCUUGCCCCAUCAUGGGGCAGAUCUGGGUUGGGGGGGUAAAGGGGCAGAUAUCUGCCCCCCUGGCCUCCUCUUGCCCCCCACCAAUCCUGUGGCUCGCGCUGUACUGUUCUGUCUUUAAUUUAUUGUACCAAAGACGGCGCGUGAUUCCCCUGCCCCCCUCCUCUUGCCCCUGCCGCCCCCCCCCCACCGCCGGGCACUGGGGGGGGAGGUUGGGGGGGGUCUGUGCACCGGAAAAGGGGGUCGGGGGGCUGAAUAAAUAGUGACAGCA